AUGUUGGACAGCCAGCAUACAGUGAAUACGGAGCAACUGAACAGAUUUUACAGCAAGAACAAUAAGCCACAGCAGCACAUCAACUACGAUUACUACAAGCCAGAUGAUUUCGAGCAGGAAAUCAACGAAUUCAUAUCCUACUCAGAAGUCAAGAACGAACUGAAGCAGUAUCAGCAGGAGUACAACGAGCUAUUUCCACCAUGGAGCGAAUGCUUGCAAGACGAGAGACGAGACAUCAUUCAACGCUGUGGAGACCAUCUCGACCUGUUGAACGAUCAGCAGAGGCUGCGUGCGGCCAAGCGACUUGCUUAUAUUUCCUUGGGAAGUUAUGGCGAGUACGCUGGUUUGGAAAAGAAGCAAGCACAUUUGCAAGCAAUCGAGAAAAACAACCAAAUGCUGUUUAAGAUGGAUAUUUUAGCGACUAUAAAGCAAUGUCUGAACCAUGCCUGCAAACAACUCGAAACACCCUCCAUAUCCUCUGUGCCAGAUUCUGUCAAGUUCCAUUGCAAAGAGAUUGAUAUCCACCUGACAGUAUUCUACUUGAUUGUGUCUUUCAACCAAGAAGGUAUCCAGGAUGCCGGAUUGUCUGAAUUCUUGUUUGAUUUGGUGGUGAGAUUGAAGGAGCACUUUACAAAGACGUUUCCACUGAAAAAGCUGAUGCUUGUCUUGCACAAAGUAUUGCACAUCAGCUUAGGCCCCUUGGAUGCAUCACACCAACAGCUGAAAUCAUCUAUUCGCACAGCAUGCCACUUACCCCUCAUUGCCGACAAGUCAACCACUGUGAAAUGUACCCCCGAAGAACUAUUCCAAUUCUACCAUCAAGCAAGCGAACGAUAUCCAACCUUCACCCACAACGAUACGCCGAGUCAAUGUACCAAUCCACUGACUGUAACAGCAUCUACGCGACUCUCCAAAGCCAUGGGACUCUACAAAGCAUCAAAGAACAUUGAUCUGCCAUACCAAACCCUGUUCCCAUCCAAGAAUCAACAACCAACAGCGGCAACAAACAUGGCAGUCAAUGGAAGCAGCAGCAGCAGCAGCAGCAGCAGCAGCAAAAAGCAGCAGCUUGCCAUGGAGACCAAUCUAUUGCCCUUUACUGAAUCCAGUGCCAUGGAACCUCGCAGUCUGACAGAAUCCAAGUCUGUGUGGAUCAAACACCUAUACAUUUCAGUAGCCAACUAUCAGAUCAUUUACGAGCGAGAAAAGGCAGUGCAUCGAUGGUCUCGAUGGAGCCAGCGACAUCAACAUCCACACACAUCAGAAGAGGAAUGGGAUGGCAUGGUCUACGAUCAUUUGGACAAACAGCAGCAAGCCACAGUUAAGCGCAUUGACCAACUGUAUCAGAGUAUUGUGCCCAGCUUUCAGAGCAUCGUAGUAAUAAUUCUCAAACUACUGUUGUCCACAGUUUCUAUUGGAAAAGACAAGGAAGCCGAGAUACUGGAGGACAUUGAUGUCACGCGCAACCGAGAAUCCAUAUCCAAAGCUGUGUCUGGUAUACUGUUGUUGCUGCUGAAAUGGUUCAAAACAUCGCAUGUCCUAAAGUUUGAAUACCUGUCGCAAGUCUUGAUUGACUCAGGAUGCAUGCUGCUGAUUCUCAAGCUGUUGGGAUUGCAAGAAGUGGCCCUGUUGGCAUCCAAAAAGACAGACGAUGACAGCCAAAGCUUUCUAGGUUUUGUUCAACAAACACACGCAAACAAUGACAAUGAUAUGGAUGAUGACGAUAAUAAUGAUACUCAAGAAAAUUAUACAAACAGUCGAAAUUUAUCGUGGUCCAUCAACUUGCUGAGGAUCCUUCAAAUGCUGACCAAGCGAAAGACACACCGCAUCCUGUUGCUCGUGCAAUACAAAUCGUCCGCCAUAUUGAAAAGACUACUCAAGGUAGGCCAUCCAGUGAUGGAUUUGUAUGUGCUGAAAAACCUCAAGAAUCAAGUGCCCUUUAUGGGACGCAAAUGGCGAUCAGCCAACAUGAAGACCAUCUCUGCCAUAUAUGCCCAUUGCCUCACCAGCUUAAAUGACGAUUGGCUAUCAAGUCCUGAGGGAAGUGCGGAUAUGGAUGAAAGUGCAAUGAAGGAGAUCAACCUACGCAUGCUCACUCGAUUAUAUAAUGGCCAGCGCUAUUUACCAAACAUGUUGCCUAGUAUGGACGAAGUGAGUGGACCUGACAAUACCUUGUUUUACAGUAACGACUACACUGCCGCCACCACAGCCAACAGUCAUGACAGCACAAGCAAGGCCUUGCCUGACUAUACACUGAAUGAACCCAUCUUGGUGGAUGAUAUGGAGCUGGAUAUGGAUUUCAAAAGAGACUACCGAAACUGGCUCGAAAGAGAUGUCUAUUUUACCGACGGCGAAGAUGAUGAGGACGAGGAUGAGGACGAUGACGAUGACGAUAGAGACUUUGACGAGGAGGCUACAGCAGCAACAACAAAUGGACACAUUGGCACACCGUUGCCCGAUACCAUUCCCAUACCAUUAUCUGCCCAAGAUUUGACACACGAAAUCAACAAAUUGUACUUGGAAGAGUUGCGACGCGAGUUUGAAGAAAAGCAAAAGAAACAAGAGCUUCUGGAAGAGCAGGAAAAGCAAUUGCUGUUGGAACAGGAUGGCUGGGGCGCAUCUCCCUCCUCUAUACAGACAACAGGUGGCUGGGGUACGCCUGCAGUUGAACGAAAGACAUUUUUUGAUGAUGAUGAUGAUGAUGAUGCGGAUGAAGUCGAACCUGAAGUCAAUCCACUGCAAGACAUUGAUUGGGGAAGCCUCACUGCCGAAGAGCUGGAAAAGCGGCUAUCUCUGGUGGAGCAAAAGACGGUGCAGCGAUGGCUGAAUGUGGAAAUGGACGAUGAACGCUACAUGAAGGUGCUAAAUACAUUUGAAGGUGAAGUGCUGACAGACGAUGAAGGCUGGCCAAUCUAA